AUGGUUUCUGCAGCAGCUAAAGAACCCAUCGAUUGCGGAUUGACAGAUCAAACAGACCAGUACCAGUACCAGUACACCACCAAUGUUGCUGUCAUCUUUGGCGUUACAGGGCUGGUGGGUCGAGAGCUUGCCAAGCGAUUAAGCUCAAAACCCAGAUGGAAAGUUUAUGGGAUCGCCAGGUUUCCCGCAGAGAUCAUACCAAUCCAAACUCAGAACUACACCUUCAUCUCCUGCGACCUGCUAAACCCUAAUGAAACCAAACAGAAACUAUCCUUUUUAAGAGACGUGACUCACAUGUUUUGGGUCACUUGGGCGAGUCAAUUCCCUCUUGACUCACCAGAAUGCAGUGAGCAGAACAGGGAAAUGCUGUCCAACGCGUUGAAUGUUAUCCUCCCGGUUGCUAAAUCCUUGAAGCAUCUUUCUCUCCAGACAGGACUGAAGCAUUACGCAUCAAUCCAGGCGAAUUCAAAUGAACUCAGCCGAGUUUACGAUGAAGAAUCUCCACGAGUUAGCUCAGGUUACAACUUCUACUACGCGUUAGAAGAUCUGAUCCAGCGGAAACUUGAUAAUAAUAAUAAUGGUAAUAAUAAAUUGGGUUGGUCUGUUCACCGGCCUGGUUUAUUACUGGGGAGUUCAAAGAGAACAAUGUUUAAUUUCAUGGGGAGUCUGUGUGUUUAUGCAGCAAUCUGCAAGCAUCUGUCUUUGCCUUUCGUCUUCGGAGGGAAAAGGGAAUGUUGGGAAGAGUUUUGGAUCGACGGUUCAGAUGCGCGUUUGGUAGCUGAGCAGCACAUCUGGGCGGCCACCAAUGAAGAAAUAUCCGCCAUUGAUGGCCAAGCUUUCAACUCCAUUAAUGGA